AUGAACACAUCGUCAGGUCCACGAUCUCUGCAUCUUAAAGUGACGACAUCCUCGCCCUGUGAACGCCACAAGCUGCGGCAACAGCAACAAAGGCAAGGGCAAGAGCAACUGCAAGAGCAACAAUUGACGACGCUCGUUUCCCUUUCUACUGCAAGUGCAACCACCGCGACGAUUCCGUCGACUCCUACCCUUCUACAUUAUCUCCCCAGCUCGUCUGUGUCACAAGCUGCUGCGACUUCAGUAAGCAACCAAGCGCCACUUCACGACGGUACCACCACCUCCACGUCGACUCAGAAUUCUCCGACAAGGCUUCUGAUAUGGAAUCAGCCUCAGCCUCCAACUCAACGACCCCGGCUACGCACAGGGAGCAAGCGCAAGCGACAGGACCAAGCGACCGACGUCGACACGAAAGUUGCAGCACCGACCAAGCGCAAGAAAACGAGCACCGAGUUUCUGCGAAAAGGUCAAUGGACGCCUACAGAAGAGCGACUUGCGAGGCUCUUGAUCGAAGCCUUUGAAGAAGGGCGACUGCCGAUUUACACGGGCAUUCGACUGCGUGGGUACUUGGCCGUGCAGCUCCAGUGCGACCCCAUGCGCGUGAGUAAGAAACUCUGCGCAGGGACAAUUGACCACAAACAUGUGCCCAAGAAUUACGGACAAAAGAAGUUUAAAUUGCGGAAGAAAGUACGGUGGGAAUCAGAGGAAAUGGCGGCGCGGCUCGCCGAGAUCAAGCGACUGACCAAGACCUUGUGGGUUGAAGCACGGGUGCGGAAACCGGCUUUUCUGACGCUGUCGAGCACGCGCAACGUGGACAAGAGACAGGCCGUGGAUGAAACCGACGUCGUGUCGUCGCCACCUAGCCCUGUCACGGAAUCGCUCCCCAGUAUCGACACCCAAGACAAAGAAACGGAAGGUACUUCCUAUCCUCUACUUUAA